AUGGGGCUGAUCUCGGGCAUGUUGAUGGGGAUGGCGGUGGGGAUUGCGCUGGUAGCGGGGUGGGAUCGAAUGAUGAGAUACCGCAGCACCCAGCGCAUCGCCAAGGUAGAUAUUGCUUUCUCGCCCGACCGUUACUUCUCUUUGCUUGGUUAAUUUUUCUGGUUUAUCUCAGGUUCCUGGUAUGUCCUUCCGAACAGGGGUCCCCAGGGCGUUGAAUUAUGGCUUACUUUUGGGUUUUAAUUGCUUCCUUGCAUUUCAUUUCGAUCGUUUCUGGAGGAUGGCUAAAAUGCAGUUUUCUUGGACUCGGAAAGAUCUAUAGUGUAAUUGGAGUUCCUAAUCCUUUUUUCCAUAAAGUUCUCUUGAAUUCUCAGUCUUUUUCUAAAAAGUUAUGUAAUUAUACUGAAAGUAAACGAUUAUUUCUGCGUUGAUGAGGAUUUUUCGAUUAUCAAGCGUCUCCUUUCUGCCUUACACGCUCAAUAUUUCCUUGAUUUUGUUAAAAUUCUAUGACUUAUGUUGCUGUACCUUGGCGUACGUUCGGAUCCUCUUGAAUGCGUUCAUUUAGAGCCUCUUAAUCAAUUGGCUUCAACAUCUAAACAAACCAGGAAAAAUCUUUGAAAUUUUCUAAAAAAGAUCACUGACACUACUUUUUCGUAAGUUGUAACAAGUAAAAGACAGUGAAUCUUCGUUUUUAAUGGGCCUACGCUGGAAAUCUCUUAAAGUAAUAUAUUCACUCGAAAAGUUGUAUCUUUUUUUUUUCCGGCUGAUCUAAGCACGUGUUAAAGAUCAUAAUCUCGAAUAUGCAGUCUACAGAGGGAGUGGCCUAACCUUGAGGUUCAUACUGCUAUUGUUUUCUACUGAAAUAAAAGUGAGGUGCCGGUGAAGUUUGAAACGCAAGUUUUUGUAGGUCCCAGUUCGGAAUAUUCACUAAUAUCACUUCUUUUGUCAGCAGUACAACCAUAUGAUGCACCUAUGAAUUAUUUUAAUAUUUCGUGUUUAAUUUUGAAAUAUUACUUUAUUUUAGGGUAUACACACGGAGAAUGGUCGCAUCUUUUCGAUUUUAUUUCUCUAAACGUUCUUGUUUAUUACACACCAAGUUCUCUUAUCAUGUCUGUGACACAAUGCGAAACAGCAUUUAACGAUCUUCUCUGCAGGCUGUUGAUAUAAAGCUCCUUGGUUCCCUCACGAGAGAUGAUUUGAAGAAAAUAUGUGGUGACAAUUUCCCUGAAUGGAUUUCCUUCCCAGUAUAUGAACAGGUCCACCAUUUGUCAUGAAAGAGCUUUCUUUUACUUGCUACAACUCGUUUUUAAUCUACUUGAUGACCAAUUAAAGAAUUUUGCAUUAUUUAAUUUUUCAAUGGGCUUUCCAAGUGCUCUAAGACAUAGGAAACAUGGGAAUUCUUAUGAGGAUUUAAUAAUCAUAAAAUUCUUCAACUGUAAAAGAUAUAUUAAACACAUUUACUCACUCUAUGUGAUUGAACUAUAGUUCCUGAGAUUUAGUGGGUGGUUUCUGGUGUCCACUAGAGAAUAGUAAUGGCUCAAAAACAUUCAUGUGUCAUUUUCGAAAACAUACUAAACUUCACUUUCUUUCCAUUGGGUAAUGAACACUUAAAAUGUGAAAUUAGCCUUUUGGGACGUUUGACUCUUAUCUAAUGCUGGUUGCAGACGCUAAUAUACUUCAUUUCUUCUGCUUAGUGCUUUAGAUGAGACCAUCCUGCCAUUUGGCAUUCUGUAGAUGCCCAUGUCCGUGAUAAUUAGUCUCUAUGAAACACUCAGAUCAACAAAUAUUUUCUUGUAAUUUUCUUUUCAUUGGUAGAUAUUUAUCACUUUUAUAGUCAUGGAAUCUGAUAAACAUCGUUUUGUUAAUUAUAUAGUUUUGGUGGCAUUUUAUCGGUUCUUUUCUUGAUCUCUAUUUCCUUGUAAAUCUAAUGAGCUUUUGAAAGUGUCCUCUUACACCUCAAACCCAGCUAGUUUCAACCAAAUUAGACUUGACAACUUUAUAAUUCAUUGCACGAUAAAUUUUUGGUCCGUAACUAAUGUUAUCAUAAUAGGAAAAGGACUCGACAUAUGAUGUAAAUACACCUAUUUUAACAAGAAGUUUUAACAAGGUUGUUUGAUUAAAAACUUUGUAAUUAUUUUAAAUGUUUUUUUCAUUGCGAGCGCCUCACUUGUCUAAUGGUGUUUGACCUCCAGUUUCCUCUAGUUUUUUUUUUUUGUGAAAUUAAGCUCUCACAUUUUUUCAUUCUUCUCGCUAGCUUUAAUAUAUUCUUAUUUUAUGUCUAAUGAAAGGGUUAGUUUCAUGUACCAGAUGAGAUCUUCAACAUAUUUCCUAUCGUUACAGAAGUAUGGAAAUGUUAUUGUUUUUUUAGCUGCUGAUUGACUUUGGUACACUCUGCAGGUUAAAUGGCUAAACAAGCUGUUGAGCAAGAUGUGGCCUUUUAUUGCAGAGGUAAGCCAGAUUUGGUGAUAGUCCUUCAUAGCAAGCUUGUUGUGUAGAGCUUUAUGACGAUGGUGCUGUUAGAAUAACUUGGUUUAUCUAUAAACGCCUCUGACUAAAGAUGAUGCCCCAUGCUUAUUUUCGUUGGCUACAAUGCAUGAUUAGCCUUUGACAACUUUAGGUCAGCCUUAUGUAACUUCUAUGUAAAUUUAUUCUUCGAUAUCCUCACAGUCUGAUGUAACUUACUGCUCCUACACGUCUUGGUUUUUAUGUUUUUCUUAUUAAUUGCUCCUUUAGGUUUACUUGCAUUGCGGAAUAGUUGGACUCAUCAAAAAUCUGUCGACCCAUCCAUUGUCAUGUUGAUGGUGCUUGUGAUCUAUUGUCUGUACCUGAAAGAUGCAAAUCAUUGUCCUUUUACUUAGUGGAAAAUGAUUUUUAUUUGUAAUUCAUUGGAGUUUUCUACUUUUUCUAGUUUUUGUUGAAAUUUUAUAUUUCCUAAUUUUCCACUCGUAAUUUGGUUCAGGCAGCAACAGUUGUUGUGAAGGAAUCCGUUGAGCCUAUACUUGAAGAAUACCGACCACCAGGAAUAUCCUCACUAAAGUUCAGCAAGUUUUUUCUUGGAAACGUGCCACCUAAGAUAGAAGGUGCCUACCGAAUUAAUGUAGACAUAUCAACAUUUCCUUAUAAUGCAUGGUUUUGGCAUGUGAAAAAUGUUUGUCAUAGAGAUUGGAUCGCAUGUCAAGAGUUGAAUGUUACUUUCUCAUGAAAUUUCUUCAACCCUGUAAUUUAGAAUACCCUGAGUGCUAUACGAUCAUCCUAUCAAUCAUAGGGGAUUACAAUAAACAAUUAUUUUUUUUCCGAUUAGCAAAAUUAGAUAUCUGAAAUGUGAUGGAAAAAACUUGGAAAAGCCUGGGAUAUGUUAAAACUCCAGGCAGCAGCAAACAAUUGGCGCUUCUCUAGCGGGACCAUCACAUUUUGCGUUUGGUGAAUUGCAAGGUGCAGACCAUAAGAAUGUUGAAGACUGAUUCGCUUUGUCAGGAUGCCAGCAGAUGAUUUGGUCUGUGACAUUAGAGCCAACAUCAACCUUGUGGGGGGAUACUUUAGUACACAGAGAAAAAAAAAACUGGAAGUAGGUUGUUUAGCAAGGACGAUCUUAUGUCUGGCAAAGGGAAAUUGAGAAGUUACGCAUAAAAAGGUUUGCAGAAAUGAUUGGAGAAUCAUCUGUGUACUUGAACAAAAAUUCACAAUCCCAACCUAGAACCCAUAAAAAGGUGGAAUGUGUGCCCCACCACCAUUUGAGAUCACACGUUGGUGAUGAAUAAUCAUCCCAAUAGGAAGCAGGAAUUGAUUGUGAAUUAUUUGCUGAAUCUGAAAAUUUAUGCUUAAGAAACAUGGAAAACCCACAAAGAACUAGGUCAUAGCUGUUACACCUUUCUGAGGCUUAGUCACGCAUUUGUGAGGAAGGAAUUGAUAAACUCAUUCUGUCAUCCCUUCUGAUCAACAUAUUUGGGGGGAUUUCUUGUCCUCAUUCCUGGUCACGUACAUUGCAGCAGGAAUCAUUAACAUACAUGUUCGGCUCCCUCGUUCUGGAUUCUAUUUAUGUGUAUUAGUGAGGCCUGACAUUCACUAUCUACCAAUGGUGUGCUCCUCUCUGAUCAUUGUUAACCCCCUGGCGCAUCCUUCAGAUUUCUGAUAAUAUACAAUUUCUAGCUCAUGGUCAAUUCAUGCCAAUGUUGUUUACAUGAAAAAUGCCAUCCAAAUCUGUCCAUUAAGUAUUUUCAGUAAUGCAGGUAUCCGUGUCCAAAGCCUUAAGAAAGGUCAAAUUACCAUGGACAUUGAUUUCCGAUGGGGUGGAGAUCCUAGCAUUAUCCUCGCGGUUGAGGCACUUGUCGCUUCACUUCCUAUCCAGGUUAACAGAUUCAUAUUUCUCACUUCCUAUCUAUCUUCCUCAGCAUUGAUGAAAGAUUACUCAAUGGAAUCUGAUCUAUCAUGCCGCUUUAAUAAUCCUCUUUACCUCAUGAGAUAGAUUAUCUUAUAAUAAUCAUUCAUUGUCCAACUGCAGUUGAAGAAUCUCCAGGUUUUUACUGUUAUACGUGUCAUUUUCCAACUCUCUGAAGAGAUACCAUGCGUUUCUGCCGUUGUGGUUGCUCUCCUUUCUGAGGUAUAAUUGAAGGCGCUGGUUUGUGUAAUUUAUACUUAUUUUUGAAAGGAAGCAUUGCCUGAUCGGAAUAUGUUUACAUAGAAAUCUAGUCUGAUCAAGCCAACUUAAAAUAUUAAUCUCAUGUAUAUGAUGGAACAAUUAGCAAAACUAUUCUUUCUUAUUUUCUAUCCUGCUGGAAAUAGUUAUUAUUAUGUACCGUGAACAAACUUGGUUUCAUCUGUUGCAUGUCAUGGUUUAUGCCAUUGUCAUCUUUAGCAUCCUGGAUUAUGUCUUGGAGAUCGCUCUCCAUUAAUUCAGGUGGCUCAACAUUUUCGUUAUUCCUACUGUGUUGUGUACCUUCAACUUAAAUUCAUGAUACUAAUGGAAAUAUAAUAACAAUAAUUGUAGUACUAAUAUGUGGGAAACAGGAAUAAUAUCAAAUAUCCUGUCCAUUUUGGGAUGUUCAUACAGAAAAUUUGGAACUAUUUUGUAUUUUUUACCAUAUGCUUUAGCUGUAUUUCAUUUCUUCUCUGAUGCAGUCCUAACCGUGGCUGGACUUGGGCCUUUACAAGGAAGCCUGCCAUCUUAUUGCCCUCUCUCUCUCUCUGAACUUACAUUGCGUAGCCUUGUUGCCUUUGGGGUGGGUUAUACUAUGAAGUUAUUCAAUUGAAAUACUCCACUGAUCUCUGGGAACUUGAUUUCUUCUUUACUCUACCUUCCUGCUAUUUGCCUUACGUUACAUUACUUUGUCACCCAUGGAAAUGUAUCCUUAAAUGUUUCAAGAGGACCAUAAAACCAUUCUUUCGCCAUCUAUUAUCAAUUUGUUAAAAUACUACAAAGUGCCCAGGAAAAAUAAAAGAUCUUUCUGCUUUUGUACAUAGUUCGUAUGGUAAUCUUGAUCCUAAUCUAUAUUGGAUCAGACUCGCAAAUUUGUUGUGCAAUCUGACUCUGCGAUUGAUGCCAGCUCCAUCUUCAUCCAGUCCCUUGGUCAUCACUUUUGGAACCUAAACUCUUAGUAUUCUUUUGAUUCGGAUAAAUCUAUUGAUUUUCCUUUCUUCAUGUGAAUCAUAUAUCUCGAUUUUUGUUUCUAAUGUUACAUAAAGCUAAAAUCGCAUAAGAAAUAUUGCUCCAACGUUCUUCCUAUUUAGUGUGGUAUUUGGGAGGCUGAUAGCAUAUAGCUGGUCUGUAAAAAGAAUUGGCUGAUCUCCGUCAGUAUCCAAAUACGAGAAGUCUGGGCUACUUGUUGACUGACUUAACAAAAAAUAAAGUGUUGACUGUUGCCAUUUACGUACGUAUUUUAAACUCUAUAAAGGUUCCAACAAUAUCAUUGAGUGUUCUUGGGAAAAUUUCAAGAGGUAUGGUGAUGAGAAAGUGCACAGGCAGGUUACGCUAUCCCUAGAGAGCCUUAUCUAGAAAAUCAUUUUGAAGGUCAGAACAAGAGGAGCUAAGAUUAUCAUAGAAUUUGUUUUUCUUGGUUCCAAAGAUAAAAAAUAGAAUAGCAUGCCGAAACUCUUCUUAAUGUCUUUAAUAAAAUUAGACGUGGGCUGUGCAUCAUUUCGUCUGAAAAGAGUACUUUAUGUGCCGUUCGUUCGGCUGUUACCUUUUUGCUGUUAAAUUGUCUAUAUUAUCCCUUCUGUGCAUGAUGUAUUUCUUUAUUUUUUAGUUGUCUGAAAAUCUUGAUAAUAUAGCUUUAUUUUGGGGGAAAUUAAGGUUGACUGAAUAUAUUGAGAACAGAGCAAUCUUUUAGAACAUCUAGUGUUAUCACUAUCUUCACUGCCACUGGAGGAGGCAUAAUAGAGUAUUUGAACAUUAUGAAUAUUUAUGAUCUUCUAAUAGAAGGCACCGGCUUAUUAGAUAGAGUAUAUAAUAGGGGGACCCUUUACAUUUGAAAUGAUCUGUUUCCACAGUAUAUCAUUUAGAAGAAAACUUGUUAGUUAUUUCUUGUGCGUGUAUAAAAUGACCAUACCUUAGGAUGUGAGUUGUUUUCCUUCCAGCCUUGGUAUUCUUCUUUUGUUUUGAAUGUGAAGAAAAUUUAUUUUCCUUCAUGUACUCAUAGCUUAUAACACUUCUAAAUCUUCUUUUAAUAAAAUGUUUAAUGAUUUUUAUAAAAUUUACGUUUUCGUUGUCCUUGAAUAAUAUACCUGAAUAUUUCAUAUUUUAUAAUGAUAAAUUUGGUAUUCUUCUCGUUUCUUUUGAAUGUUAAUGAAAACUUCUUCUCCCUCGUGUACUCGGAGGUUGGUUACAACACUUCUAACUCGUCUUCAAUCAGAAGUCUUUAUCAUUUUAUCGAAUUGGUCUUUUUAUUCAAUCCUUGAAUAGAAAUAUCUCUCAAUGCUUCAAUAUUUAAUAUUGACCAGCUGUUUUGUUGUCUAUUGUAGCCUAAACCUCGGAUAGAUUAUACAUUAAAGGCUGUGGGUGGAAGCCUAACUGCAAUACCUGGACUCUCGGAUAUGAUUGAUGUAAGUCUUGUACUGUAUAUAAAUAAAAUUUCCUUUAUUUGGUCAUGAUUUUAGCAAGGUUCAAAUAACUGUGAACUCUGCUUACAGGAUACAGUAAAUACAAUCGUCUCCGAUAUGCUACAGUGGCCCCAUAGGAUUGUUGUUCCAAUUGGUGUUUCUGUGGAUACAAGGUAUGUAACAUGUAUAAUGAUUCUUUAUAUACAUAAAAAUGUAUUUAUGUAACUAUCACGUUUUGAGGGUUCAUCAUUUGCCUGGCUUGUGGCCUGAAAAUGUGUACAAUGUUAUUUGAUUCAAAACUUACGAACCAUGUCUUGGCACUAUAUUUGAUGAAAGUAUAUAUUACUACAAUACAUUUGGUUAUAGCAUCAUACUUUACAGUGAAAGGUUUUACAAAUAGUAAUGAUGUGUAGGCUUCAUGUGUUAUUGAUCCCUCCAAUUAGUCAUUGAUCAAUACCCCUUCCCUGCCAAACUUCUUUCCACUUGUAGAGCAAGGCUUUCUAGUUGACGGAUACGAAUUAGCACAUCAAAUGAUUGUAUUAUCCUCUCGAAUGCCAAGUUUCUGUUUUGUUAAUGUUCAUCCAUUUUAGAGAUUAUUUUGCGAAGUCAAACAGACAUUAGAGGUUUCAAGUAAAUGGUCUAAAAUGGACAGGUUGAUAGAUGGAAAAUGCUGUGAUAUAUGUUUGAGGCAACAAUUUAAUGCUGAAACUAUGACAUUCAUCACAUCUUAUACUAGACAACUCAUUAAUUUUUGACAAUCGACACAUUCUCUGGACAGGUGAGGAAAAGUGUUGUUAGUCCAGAGUUUUACUAUGUUCUGUUGGGCAUCUUCUAUGACAUUUACUUAAAUGUUCCCUCAUAUUUUUCGUUUCGAUGUAAAUUCAAAUCCAUUUCAGACUACCGCAUGCUACGAACCGUAUUACGGAAUUUAGUCAUAUUGUGUUUCUUUCGUUUAUGUUGUGUACUUGCACGCUACACUGCAACAAUUAGGAAUUUGGAAUUCAUCGUCUUCAAAAAUUGUGCUUGCUUGGUUCACAAUGUUUUUGUACUUUUCAAAAAAUUAUGCAUACGAUGCUAUAAAUGAAAAAUAACUCUCUUUUGUUCUUUGAACAGUGAAUUAGAGCUUAAACCACAAGGAAAGCUUUCAGUCUCUGUUGUUAAGGCAACUGCGUUGAAGAAUAUGGAAAUGAUUGGCAAAUCUGAUCCUUAUGUUGUUCUCUAUAUCCGACCGGUACUCAAGAAUAAAACGAAAGUUUUUGACAAUAGCCUCAAUCCAGUUUGGAAUGAAAAUUUUACCCUGAUUGUCGAGGACAAGGAGACUCAAUAUAUUACCUUCGAGGUUUGAUUCUAUUUCUUGAUCUUCCCCCUUCUACUUCCACUCGUUCUAUAUCAAUAUGUCUGUUGGCUCUUUUAGUUACUAGUCGUUUGAUCAUGAUGCUUUCUCUCUCUUUCUGGAAAGAACUAAUUAGAAGACUGUACUAUCUCUCUGGGUCCUGUGGUAAGGAAUGGGAAAGGUAUGGCUGGACCCAUCAAAGCUUGAGCCACACCUGUCAGAAAAGUAGGUCAGGGUUGGCUUGCCCAGGUCUUUUGUACUGGACCUUUCUUUGUUUUACUUCAGAGAAACGGAGUGGAGCCUGCUACGGUUCCAGACAAGCCUUGCCCAUUCACUCGGCCUCUGCCUCUCUCAUAUAUAUAUGCUUUGGUUUUCGUCAUUUAAUUUUACCACCUUGAACUCAAGCACAAACACAGGUAUCACAUUUGUAAUGCACUGGGGAUUGGGGGAUUUAAUAAAUUAGGGCAGUUCAAAUACUGGCAAAUUCAGGAUGGAUUAAGAUUAUUUUUCACUGCGAACAUAUUGGAAAACUGUUGCAUCCUGAAAGAUAUGAUGGUAGAGAACUGGAUACCAUAAUAUUGCUUCGUAUAGUAUUCAAUCAUGAAUGGAAAAUCUACACUGUUAUAUUAUGUUCUGAUCAUGGUUUACCCAAUCGAACGUGGUAUUCAGCCCUCAAGUGAGACCGAGGCCCAUCAAAUAAUUUUAGAAACAAUACAUAUAUAUAUAUAUAUAUAUAUAUAUGUAUGUAUAUAUGCCUUCCAAUUUAUUACACACGUGUAAGGAAAAUAUCUUGCAUGAAUCUACUUGCUACCAUUUUUACCUGGAAACAUCUUAUGGCUCAUAAGCCUGCGAUGCUGCCAUUUUUACCUCCUUGGAAGAAACGUUAAGAUGAUGGCAUCGUUUUCAUGAAUCUACGUAUUGAAUAAUGAAUGCUCUGCCUAGGCAGAAUGCUGAUUUAUGCAUAUUUAAUUCCAGUUGUUUAUACUGUGUGCAGGUGUUUGACAAAGAUAUUACUCAGGACAAGAAGUUGGGUAUAGUGAAGUUGCCACUGGUUGACCUGGAGGCUGACACCUUAAAAGAGCAUGAGCUUAGGUUGCUUCCAGCCCUUGACAUGCUCAAAAUCAAAGACAAGAAGGACAGAGGAACCCUCACAGUAAAGGUGCAUACGCUACAUCCAAAAUGUUCUUGCAUACCCAUUUAAGUCAACUCCAAUAUUAUAGAUAAUUUCCAUUCGAGCUGCAUGCCUCGGUAUAUAUAUAUAUAUAUAUAUAUAUAUAUAUAUAUAUACACACAUCUCAAACUGAUGUGCUCUCCCUUUCUUUUAUCCUUUAAUUAUAUAAUAAUAAUUAUUAUUAUUAAAACCCACAUAUUUCUUGAAUGUUUCGUGGUAGUGGGUUGCCAGAUAAUUUUUAAGGCACCGGUUGCAAUUGACAAGGAUCCUCUCUGAGGAAGAGAACACCAAAGGGCAUGUAGAAGAGGGCAGACGCUGAUGGCUGAUACUCCGUUAGGCGCUCACAAGAGUGAUCUUUCAGCUAGCUCAAACGUCAGGAGGUUGACCUUUAUGUCGUUGUCAAAUCUUCUCUGAUAAUUCUCCUGCGGAUAUCAUGGUUGGACUUCCAUCAAUGGAGGAUAUGUGCUAUCAGGGUCUUGACUCGUAAUGAUCCCAUGAAAUUACCCAAUGUGCUUCAUGAUGCCAAUCCUAAUUUGCCAUUUCAGGUCUUGUACCAUGCAUUUACCAAAGAGGAGCAGCUGGCAGCGUUAGAAGAGGAGAAGAGGAUCCUGGAGGAGAAGAAAAGGCUCAAGGAAGCAGGAAUGAUAGGCAGCACCAUGGAUGCAUUUGAGGGCGCCGCCUCCAUGGUUGGAACUGGCAUCGGCGCCGGUGCCAACUUGGUGGGAUCCGGCCUGGGGGCUGGAGCUGGGCUUGUGGGCAGCGGGUUUAGCAAGGCUGGGAAGUUCGUGGGCAAGAGCUUCAACACCAAGAAGAACAGCGGUAGCUCCCCCUCUGUUAAGGCGGAUUGA